AUCAUUACCAAAUAACCAACCGACUGCAAUUUUUUUGGAUUCUUUUAGUGGUGUCAUGUGUACCCUCCGUACAAAACUAUAAAGAAAAGAAAAGAGAAGCAGGUGCUCAGCCCUGCAAACUUACCCUCCUUAAAUUCGCCUAAAAUAAGAUCAUCUUCUCUUUAAUAUUGCACAUAAAAGCUUUCAGCUUUCAAGUGAAAACAGCAAGAUUCAAAAAUAAAGUUUUGUUUACCACCCAAUCCCCAUAAUAGAGCCAAGAAUUUCCUCACUGCACACCCAAUUCCUCAGUAAGAAUAUAUUCUUGGCUUGCUAAUCCAUUUUUUCUCUUGUAUAACCUCAAUUCAAGCAAGAAUGUCUUUUUGAGGUCAUGCACCUUUUUUUAAGGACUACAAAUUUCUGAAAUUGGAAAACACAAGUCAAAGAGUUGUUUUUUAACACACCCAUCUGCUAGAAUGGGAAGAACUCUGUGUGAAAUCAAGCAAAAAUAUGGUUUUUCUAUAAACCCACCUCCUCUGUCUCCUCCCUCUUCAAUCUCAGCUCCUUAUAACAGUUUGAACUAUGAAAAACAAUCAAGUUCAUCAUCAUCAUCUUUUAACAGAAUUAGUCCUGUACUUCUUUUGGUUAUAAUAAUUCUAGCUGUCAUCUUCUUUGUUUCUGGUAUUCUCCAUUUGCUCGUUAGAUUUUUCAUGAAAAGAUCACAUUUUUCACCAAUUUAUCAUUCUAAUAGAUUCCCAGAAACCUCAAGGUCUCAUUCUCUGCAAAGACAACUUCAACAGCUCUUCCGGCAGCAUGACUCGGGUCUAGACCAAGCUUUCGUUGAUGCUUUGCCUGUAUUUUAUUAUAAAGAAAUCGCGGGUUUGAAGGAGCCAUUCGAUUGUGCAGUUUGUCUAUGUGAAUUCUCAGACAAGGACAAGCUCAGGUUGCUUCCCAUGUGCAGUCAUGCUUUUCACAUAGACUGUAUUGAUACGUGGCUUCUUUCAAACUCUACUUGCCCUCUUUGUAGAGGGACUCUUAUGAGCUCCAGUCUUCCCAUGGAAAAUCCAUUGUUCAAUUUUGAUGUUUUGAGGGAAGUAUCAAAUGGAUUCUCUAGCGAUGGAGAGAAUGGGUCUUCCAACGGUCCAAAACCAGGCAUUGUGGAGGAAAGUGUGGCCGAAAAGAGGGUAUUCUCAGUGAGACUCGGCAAGUUUAGAAGCCUGAAUGAGGGAGAACCUAGCGGAGAGAAAGGACAAGGAGAGACUAGCAGAUGUAAUUUAGAUGCUCGAAGAUGUUACUCAAUGGGCACAGUUCAGUACGUGGUGGGUGAUUCAAAUCUGCAAGUGGCCUUGUCUCGUGAAAGUCUUAAUGGCAGAAGAGGUAAUGAGUGCCCUUCAAUUGAUGGGGAUGUGGAAGAUAAGAAAAUUAGAAGCCGGACAACAGGAGAUAGCUUCUCAGUUUCAAAGAUUUGGCUUUGGUCUAAGAACAGAUAUCCAACUUCUUCAAGUACACAUAUAGAUAUGUCUUCGAUUACUGGCCUGUAAAUAUCUUCUUAUAUGUGUUCGUAGCCCAUCUCAUAUGGGGAAUUGUUGCUGGGCAGGGGAGCCUUCAUCGGUUUAUCCACUUGGAUGAUCACCGCCAUCUGAGCAAGCUACGCUAAGGACCGACAUCUAACUAACCUUAAUUAGGAAGCAAUAGGUUAAUGUCUGCAAAAAUCAUCCGUGGCUACAAAGGAGAAAGGGAUUCUUUCUUUAUGUUCUGGAACCUUUGCAGAUGAUUCUUUCUCUGUGUUACAGCUUACAGGAGAUCUCUCUCUAUAUGCUGCAAAAUGUAAUCCUUUUCAAAGUUUCCAUUAAGGAAAAUUUUUAUCACAAGAUUUUUUUUUUGGAAAAAUAAAA